UUUUUUUUUUUUCUCUCUUUCUCUUUUAACAAAAUGUAUUUUAAUAUUCCAAAAAGCAAUGAAAGAAAAAAAGGGUUAAAAAAAAAGGCUAGCAGUAGUAGCUUAGAGUCACUUACGACAGCAGUCAUGGCAGAAGAUCGCAUCUCUGAAAUCAUUCACAACUUGGACGAUCAUUGGGGCUCACCACCCAUAUUAACUCCAGAUACACUUGCUCAUAUACUUAAUCAUCAAUGGAUAAGCAACGUUCCCGUAGACGAACAAGAACUUGAAAACUGUAAAAGGUUAUUUCUCACAACAACAACAAAACGAACAUGAACAAAAGAGUGAUAUCAGAUUUGAUAAAAGAAUUAUACAAAACAAUACAAGUCAUCGAUACCAAAUCAGAAUUCGAAGUGACAAAGGAUCUAAAGAAUGAUCCUGUCCUACAAAAUUUCAUUUCUGCCAAAGAACAAGAAGAGCAGCCAGAAGAUGUUCUGGAGCAUCUCGUAGAGUUACUGAAAUACCACAAUACCACCACAACUUUGAAUCACGGUGAUCCAUAGAUUAUAACUUAAUAAACAUCAUUCUUUAUAAGACGUA